AAAAGAUUUGUUAUAAUAUCGCUUCUUCGUUAUUUUAGUGUGAAUUGCCCUUUUAAAUAUCUGCAUGGGCAGAAAGGGUAUUGAAAAAUAUUCUCUGCAUAACUCAGCAAAAAUAGACUAGACUUGGAUUUGAGUGGUGGCGGUGACCACCCAAAAACAGAGCCAUUUUUAGACGUUUACUGCUGACGUUUACAGAGGCUUCAAAUAGCUUCCGUUUUACUCUGGUAGUGAUUGGGCUGUCCUGUACUUGAGUGAGCUAACAUACUGGUUGAACAAGUCCGACAUUCUUCACUUCAAUGGAGGAACAGCCCAAAGACCGGGCACAAGACAGGCAAUACCAUCACCACGGAGAAGACAGGCAGUCUUUUCAGCAGCCAACUUUGCUAAAAAAUGAUCAGAGCCACUUCCAGUGCCAGCAUCAGGAAACGCAGACGAAGAAAACAGGCAAUAAAAAAGUAAGCAUCAGUGACGAGGAGGGAGAGAAGAAUCCACAUCUGUCUAAUGCUAUUGGCAUGUCGCAUCCACCUAGCAGCAAUGCUAACAGACACACAAGUAAUACAAAUGCAAAGCCCAAGUCGACGCAAAAGCUGUACACUACUGUUUCAAAAGUAAGCAGCAAAGGACUGGACCAUAAGAAGAAUAUGGACCUUAAAAAUGACAGGGAGAAGGCCCAGGACUUAAGUCAUCAUGAGGGCCAGCCUUUGGAUAAGAGAGACUCUGUAUUGCUUCAAAAUGGCGUUGUAAACUGUGGCUUAAUUACAAAUGGCUAUUCUAGCAAGGACAAUGAUGGCAGCAGCUCAGAAGGUGGAUAUACUACUCCGAAGAAACGCAAGACCAGAUGUAACAAUACCAAGAACACUGAUAAUGUGAUAAGAGAAAAGGAGAAAGGCAUGCAGCAAGGCCACACUACAGAAGAGCCGGGGGCUUUGAAUGUCCAGACAAAUGAGAAAGGAAUGACCUCCAGACUCGAUGGAUUUAGAGCCACCCAGAAGGUAGAAGCUCAGUCAGCAGCCAAACGGGCUGUUGCAUCAGAGGCUUCAGUGGGUGAAUCUCAGAGGAAAAACUUUGAUGGUAAAACGGUUGGCACCUUUGGUAAAAAAACUGAGGAAAGACACAAAGGCAAGCUUUCCUCACCUUCAAAAGAGGACUCCUGGACUUUGUUCAAGCCCCCGCCAGUAUUUCCUGUGGACAAUAGCAGUGCUAAAAUUGUUCCCAAGAUCAGUUAUGCAAGUAAAGUAAAAGAGAACCUCAACAAAGUAGCUCAAGGUGGAGGAGAGGCACUGCCUCCUCCCGUCAGACUGUCACAGGUCCCUAUGUCUGCUAUGAAAACUAUCACCUCAGCUAGCUUUACUAAUGGUCCUGUUUCUGGAAAUGGAAACGGCUGCCCGUCAGUGGGUACCUUCUUAGCUCCUGCUGCUAGUAGUAUUCCACCAGCCCCAUCUAUCCUAAGUGGCGACAAUGUAGCAUCUCCUUUGGAAAGUAACUGUAGCUCUGCAACCAGUCCUGUAGAUGGAGGGGCAUAUGAGCUUAGAAAGUGUACUCUUUUAAUUUACCCUUUAAAUAUGCAACCUGUACUCCCUAGUGCUCGUCACCUUGACCCACCGGCUGCUCAGACAAAUCAGAAAACCCUGGGAGACAUCUUCCAGAAUCAGUGGGGGCUUUCCUUCAUCAAUGAGCCCAACUUGGGCCCAGACGGAGGAAAUGGGCUUGUGCCUGGAGAGGACAAGACUACUGUGCUCACAUCUCAAAGCGAGUGUCAAGCUGUUGCAGCCAAGGUUGCCCAGCCUUGCUUUGACAUUAGCCCGUCAUUGUUAGAGCCUGGGCCUUUGGUUCAAGACCCUGAGAAAAGGACUUGUACCCCUUGCAGUGUGUCUAAUGCUUGUCCACCUGCUUGUGGGACGAUUGAGAAGGAGAACAAACUGCUGCCGUGUGGCCAGGAAAAGACACAAGGUGCAGGUACUGCUGUGUCGGCCCCCAGUAAAGACAAUGGUGCUAAGCCUGCACAGGGUCAGCUAACCACUUUGUUGUUUGGCUCAUCUAAAGAACAAGUCCUCUCUAAAGACAUUAGCACGAGGUGUAGCUGGGGGUCCUUUGAUGUAAAAGCUGCUGUCACUUAUCACACUAAAGAAAUGGAAUCUGUUUUCAACUUGCAAAAACAAGAUCCAAAAAGGGUAGUAAUUUAUGAUGAGACCAAGGAUGGACCUGAUCAGUGAGGUAGAUGGUCUACAGUACUUACCUUCUUCUCUUCUGGGUGCUGCAGUUAUCUACCUUGGAAAUUACAAAUCCUGUCGGAUAAAAGUGACAACUGUGAAAACAUUUGAUAGUUUAGCAUGACAGAUUUUGGAAUCUCGGGUGGAAAAAGGACUUCUCUGGGGGCAUCAAACACACACGCUCUGGAUGGACGUUUAAAAGGAGCUGAUCGGUGCCUCUCCAACAUGAUGAAUGGACACUUGUAACUUUGAGCUGUGAUUGUUGUUUGGCUCUUUAGGGAUAAUGUUUGGGAAUUCAACAAAGGAAGGUGUCUUGGACUGCACCUCCCUAAGCCUUUAUCCCGUUGACAGGUGGUAGCCGUCAGUCUGACUACGGCACACCUCACAUAUUUUUUUUUUUUUUCCUUUUACGCUUUCACAUAGUUUCAUUGUAGAUAUGUUAGACGUUAUACAUGCACAUCUGUGUGCAAGCUUGAAUUCUUCAUGAAUGAAAGGAGAAAACACUCUGCAAAGAAUUCAUUGAAUAAAGGUCUAUGGGCUCUCAUUUAACUCCAAGUUAAAUGGAAGCUUAUAGGUGAGGAAGGCAGUCUUGUCUUAAAUCAGUAAGGGAAAAUUUGAAGCCCUGAAUUUAAAUGCCCACUUUUUCUUUUUGUGUUGUUUCAUUUGACCUAACAUGAGUGUUCUCUGCACUGCAGUAUAACCCCAGAGCACAGGUACAAAAGUGCCCGGUUUGAAGGAAAGCCACCCCCUUCAUUUAAUUUCACUGUUUAUUUGGUGUGCUAAAGAUUCUAAAAUCAGGUCUCUGUUAAAUUCAUCUUGAAGCUUUUCAUACAUUUCAGAUUGUUAGGAGGUUGUCGCAGGCUGUUCUUAAACUGAGGUUUAUUAUACAAUGAACUCUGAAUUGGGUGAAUAAGCUGGGUGACAAACUGUUUAAAAAAAAAAAAAGAAGGAAAAAAAAGGAGAGGGGGACAAAGAGAGGCAUUGCUUCCACUAAAGUCUUCUGCAUUUUGUGUUUUUUGUUCAGCAGCAAGACUCAGGAUGUCAAUACAGAUUAUUUGGCCUGUAUUUCUGUUCAGUUCCUUUUGUCAAAGGAAUGUUUUUGCAUCUUACAACAUACUUUUUAUUUUAAUUUUUUAAUUCAGAAUUUGGUCUUUACUUUUCUGCCUUGUACGGCAUCUUGUCUCUUGCAUGUUUACUGGUGGAAGCGCACGAGUUGGAGGUCACUGUUCAUCGGCAUACGGAGAUAACAGUAACAGAACAAUUGCAAUACUAAUCUUAGUUCCCUACGUAGACACUUUGUCAAACUGUUCAAAUGUGAAGAUGAGUUAAAUACUAUUAUGUUUUACUGUGGAUAACCUAUGACAUUUGCAAACCAGUGUGCAAUAACACCGUGUGAUCCAUACAUGCGUGUCGGGGGGUGAGGGUUGUGUAGCGCUACAAAGUCAUCAGCCAAGAUGCUGGUGUGGCCUGCAGUUCAGUUCGUUCAGAAUAUUUAAGGGUGUUCAGUUUGUUGCACGACUUCUAAAUUGAUGGUUUUUGUUUUUUUGAUAAAAGGCUCAUGUUUUAAGAUCUAAUUAAGUCUAGGGAGCCCAAAUCUGCUAGCUGGCCAGCUGUGACAUCACUUUUUUUUUUUUUUCACCAUCUGCAAAUCAAGAUCGGUUUUACUCAACAAAGCAACUCUCCAGGUUUUCUCCUCUAGAAGCUCUGAUUUGGCUAAUGUGUGGAUUAUUAGCACUUUAUGUAAAGUAAUUGCUUUUAUCUUAAUACUAGACAAAAAUCGAUGUGUACUGACAAGAAAUCCUCCUUAAAAGAAUGGCUCUGGGCUGUUACUUUUCAGAAAAAAAAAAGAUGCUAAAUAUACAGAAUUAUUAAAUGUAACUCAGGUAGUGUUGAUAAAGCCAUGACUGUGUUUAAUAUUGUUUUUGCCAAAUGUCCCCCAUCGUGUAACGUUCUCAUUGGAAAUGUUGAAUUUAAGUCCAAUUAUACAGAGUCUCAUAUAUGUUGUGACAACACACCAAAAAGUUAUUACUUUUGAGAAAAAUUUGUCAUGGCGUGUGAUGUGCUGUCAUUAAUCGUUUAUUCUUUUCUUUUUUCUUUUUUAAUUUUUUUUUUUAAGCACAGUGAUGUAUGGGCUGUUUUCCAUGUAUCCUCAACUGUAACCUUGUAAUCUCUGAUGGUUCAUUUUCUCCCUUAUGUGUUCAUAGUGAAGCACCUCUUGAUUUAUUAAUGCUGAACAUCAGCAGCGUUUCUACGGGGGUAUGAGCUUUCAAGUACACUUCUUUCCACUGUGUCCUGAUUAGGCAGCACUGCAGCGUGUACUCGUGCACGGAGAGGGAAAGUCAUAACUGCAGCCAUGUUUUUGUACAAGUUGUCUUGACAUUUAACUUCCACGUCUAAUCGCAGUCGGCUCUCUGGUAUUUAAAAAGCUUUGUUUUGGCUUCCAUUGUACGAUGAUGGAUGAGCGUAUCAUCAGAGGCUGCCCUCUGAGCAGGAAUGCUCAUGUCAGAUCUGGUCAAUGAGGAAGCGAGGGUAAUUGAGGAGAUAUUAGCAUUUAUAUUUUUAUGUUAUGUGCUUGUGGAAAAUUGACAUUUAAUCUGGCAUCAAGUUGCAUAAAACUGCAGUUUAAUUUCUUUUGAUGGCCCAUAAUCCAUAGGAAAAAGACACAAUCAGGUUACCAUAUGGUUAAUGUUCAGGCUGAAAAGAUUAUCAGUGGACAGCUAUAGGCUUCUAAAUAUAAAGCAGGGUGAUCAAAAUGAGUAGUAUGUGAGCUUGCUGUAGUCUUAGAAUGAAUACACUGUUUUGUCAUGGUUUUUGAGCGUGUGGACCUGGUAGGGGAAAUCAGAGAUUCUCCUUUGCUCCCACCCUGAGGCUCCCCUUUUUCAAGCACUUAAUAGAGCAACAAGGCUAUAUUGAAUAUGCAUAUAUAUUGAGAGAGAAAUAAUUAUUCAGCAGUAGCCUGCAAACCAAAAACAGGUUCUCGAAGGCGGAGUAGGUGGUUAAUCAGUGAUUUUGUUUUGGGGGGUGGGAGUGAGUGACUGCUGGUGUGGUGAGAAAGAAAAGCCUGAUCAUGUGGAGUUUAUAUUUCCACCCCCUCAGGAUGUGCAAUCACCUCAAGGAUGCUUCCAGGUUGCGAGUGGCAAGUUUGUUUGUUGGGUGUGUGCAUAGCGAGUUCUUCCUAUUAUAUGCAAGUUCCUCGUAUAUUUCAAAAAAAAAAAGAAAACAAAAAAAAAAGUCGAGUCCCCUGUCCUUUCAUGUUCAGGUGCCUGUGUUAUAAAGAAAAAAACUUUUACAGCAAUUUUGAUUGUUUCAAAUCUGCUUCCAGCAUAUAUCUGUGCCAUUUUAUUUUAUUUUAUUUUUUUUGGUAAUGUUUGCAAUGCUGUUUUUCUUACGACUAUUCCUAAAUUUUCUUUUUUUUCUUUUUUUUUUAAGUAACAUGGAUGCCACCGAAGGUGGAGCGUUUCAGGGCGUCCUGUAGGUCGUAUUCAGCACGGCGCGACCUAAAGCCAAAUCAAACAGGCACGGGUGACGGGGAAAUGCUCGCUGGUGUAUACUCAUGCCAGCCCACUGUCGAGUUAAUGUCUGAACGUAGCACAUAAUUAAUUUGAAAUUAUUUAACAAAUUUAAUCUUUUUAACAUGCGUUUUUAAAAAAUGUUUUAUUUUUGAGUUAUAACAUAAUUUAUCCUUAGAUGCACAAAUAGGAUGGGACUAAAAGGAAUAAAUAAUAAAGAAAAUCAAGACGUCUCAUUUUUUGAUGAGCUUUAGAUGUUUAGUUAAGUAAGGCUGAUAGACUUUUUUUUUUAACCCCAGUGUUAAAAUAUUUGCUGUUGUUUUUUUUUUGUUUGUUUUGUUUUUGUUUCUUCAGAAGAUUUUAUACAAAUCCCCUAAAUGUUUCAAAUAGUGAUGGAGUGAUGAGCAUUGAAAUACACUGCAUCCAGAGUUCCUCUUGAUAUAUUUUUAUUUGUCGUGUUCAUCAUGUUGUGGGGGGGGGGGGGGGGUUUAAAGUGCAGUUCAACAGCUCUGAAUCUGCUUUCGCCAAAGGUACACUACUCAGAUAUUCAGCUACUGAAUGACAAAUGCACAGACAGGGGGAGGUUGAUGACGAUGAGAAGUCACUACUGUAGCAGCUGAAUGUCAGUUUGAGCGCAUUGAUUUAUGGUGUAUGAGUAAGGGGGGGGGGGGGGGGGUCUUAAAACAAAUACCGGAAGUGCUGCUUCAUCAUCCAGUAAUCAGUCAUCUGUAACGGGAAAUGCUGGACUUGGUGUUUGUGCUCGGCUUAAAAACUCCCUCCUUUAAAUGGUCAUUGCCUCUUGGAAGUCUUUUAAAUUUAGGGGGCUUUUUAUUUUUUUUAAUUCAGUGACACCUGAGAGGUAGUUACAAUGGGAGUAAACAAGGGUGACACUUGUCCUUUAAAGGAUUCAGUCAUAAGAGAUGAUAUGAUGUGCCGAGUCAUUCUUUUUUUCUUCUUCAUCUCAAAUGGCUGCUGUUUGUGUUCCUCCUCUCACUUCUCCAUCUCUUGCCCUCCUAAAACACGAGGCAAUGGUAUUUCUUUCUCAUGUCUUACAGGUUGGCAUUUAAGUUUUUAAGUGAGCAGUCAGAUUAUUUAAUUUUGUUUGUUUUGAAUUUAACUAGUGUCACAUUACAGUUUUUUUUUUUUUAAAGCAUGAUAAUAACCCUCAAAUUCCAAACAAUGUAAUAGUCAAUUUAAAA